UGUUCACCAUCCACGCAGAUACACCAGUCCCCCCAGAUUACACCAUGCCAAUUCGUCACACUUUUAAGAGAUCCACAGCAAAACGCACCGACUAAACACAUUGGUCCCCCAGUCGUGGAGAUGCCUCAUAAUUUGACAGGAGAAAAUGGUUUCAAUUUCAAUUCGAAGCUAACUUUUCCCAGCGCAGCCAGUCCAGUUGAAAACAGCCUAAGUUGUGAUACGCCGAGCCCCAAGGAGCCCUGUACCACUCCCCUGAGCAAUGGCACCUUAUACUCUGAUGCAAACAGCCCCUCGGACUCCUGCAUUAAACCUCUGUGCAACGCCACGGCUGAAGCAGAAGCCCAGUACGACCCAGGAGUCGAGUACAUCUCCUCCGAAGGAGACACCCUGACGUGUGGGUGGGGGGCUUUCACACCUAGCUGCUUGCAGAUCUUCAAUACCCCAAAGGGAAUCUUGUUUUUCCUCUGCGUGGCUUCUUUCUUGCAAGGCAUGACCGUCAACGGCUUCAUUAAUACGGUCAUCACAUCAAUAGAGCGGCGCUUUGACCUGCGCAGCUACCAGAGCGGGCUGAUUGCAAGCUCGUAUGACAUAGCAGCGUGCGUCUGUUUGACAUUUGUCAGCUACUUUGGGGGGAAUGGCCACAAGCCACGGUGGCUGGGGUGGGGGGUGCUGAUUAUGGGCAUCGGCUCCCUCUUGUUUGCCCUCCCUCAUUUCACCACGAGUCGGUACGAAGUGCAUUUCCCCGAAGAUAUCGGCAUGUGCUCUUCGAACCAGAGCAUGCGCUGUUCAGAAACGGUCUCGAGCCUCUCCACCUAC